AUGGAUGAUGUACAUAUUGUUAAAAAACGAAAUGUUUAUGGUCAAUGGACACAAGAAGAGAGCAAAGCAUUGUUAAAAAUUAUGAAGUUUAAUUUCGGUUUUGGUUAUGACUCAACUUCAAAGAAGUUUACCGCUCCCAAGGAAAUAUGGGAUGACUACCUGAAGGCUUGUUUAAAAGAUAAAAACUUGCGCGAUGGGGUAUCUGAUGAUGAUUAUGAGGACUUACAAAUUGUUGUCGGAGGCGGUGUCAUAUUUGGUAAAAGUUCGAUUGGAUUGGGUAAUGCUACUGGUGCAAGGACAUUACAAGCUAGUGAAGUGCAAGAUAUGUGCAUUGAUGACUUGAGUUAUGAUCUUGAGGAGUUUGAACAGUUUAACUCGCCACUGACGGGUUCUCGUGAAGUUUUUGAGUUGCCCAAGAAAAACCUUCUAACCAAAAGAAGCAAAAGCGAGUACGAGGGAAGUUCUAACUCAAGUAGCAACUAUCUUGAAAGUGAUAUUUAG